AUGUCUGCCGUCAGUACCUCCAGAGCUAAGAAGCAUGAUCCGUUGUCGAAGAAAACUCCGGCCAACCCGAAAUACAGCCAUAUCGGACCGUCGGUUGACACAGGAGCAAGUGUGACAAAGUACAUGGCCAAGAUCGAAGAAAUGAAAAAAAAUUACCGAUUCAAAAGGGAUGAAAUCUUCAAACGAAUGAAAGUGACAACAUUUGUUCAGUUGUUGGUACAAGUUGCUGAUUAUGACCAGGAAGCCAGUUCAAAUUACACGAAUGGCCAAUAUACAGACAGGACAAACACAGAUGGACCCUACUCAGAUCGACCAGACACCGCUGACAGAGAGGUCCUGAAAAUCCAGGAGAAAGGAAAUUCUCCUCGCCUCACAGAACGGAAUGGGGGAGCUGGAGACACAGAUAGAAGUCGAUCCAAAUUACAGAAUGUUGUAACAGGUGAAGGGGAGAUUCGUGAAGAUAAACCACAGACUCUCAAGGUGACACACGACUGUCCGUACUUGUUACUGGAUGUAAGAGAUAAUGAUGACUACAAAGAGUGUCAUAUUAUAACAGCAAGGAAUUACCCAACGAUUAUGUUAUCAAGAGCUUAUGACUCUGACACCAAGGAAAUGCUUGCCUAUAAAAACCAAACUGGGAAGAUAAUUGUGUUGUAUGAUGAAGAUGAGACUUUAGCACAUAAUGCUGCAACAACUCUAGUUCAGAGAGGUUAUGACAAUCUGUUCCUUCUAUCAGGUGGCAUGCGAGUGGCCUAUAAAGCAUUUCCUGAUGGCCUGUUCACUGGCACUCCAAAACAGAGUGUGACUGAGGCCAAACAAGCUCCUACAGUAAAGGUUCCUGCAAGUAAAGAUAGAUUAUCUGAGGGAGACAUUGACAAGCUUCACAUGUACCUUGACAGUGCCCUCUCCGAUCGCAGUGUUGGUAGUCGGCUCUCCAAUGCCAGUACAUCAUCCAGUCGAAUUGGUGGAGCGUCACAAAUGUCCAAGGCCAGUAAACCAGAGUGGGCAGUGAAGAAUCGUGCUCCAUUCAAAUGACGAUCUGAUUGUCUUAGUGUUGUCAGGAUACCUGAUCAGUACGGUUAGUGAAAGUCUUGGACAGUCUCACAAGAUGAUGAAUGGACCCAUUGGUGUCAGAAGUACCUCAUAUAUAUAUUUAUACAGCAGUAGAAUGUGUGUGUGCCUUUACAAGCUGCAUCAACCUGUUAAAGAACAGAAGACCACCCAUCUGUUUCAUCUGUUAUACAGAUCACCAUGUAUGCAAUAAGUGUCAACUAUCUCAGAAACAUGAAAAGUCUUGAAAUUUGGUUUUUAUAUUGCAGAUUGCAUUGGUAAAUGAACAAAAUGUUCAUGGUUUUCGGGAAAAAAUCCAUCAUUGUCAAAAUCCUCAAAUACAAUACUUUAUGCAGAAAUGAGUAAGAUGCUGUUGGACUUACUAUAAAGUGUUGGAAUCUAUCAGGAUUUUUUAAUCUGACCAGCUGAGUAUUCUGAUCUCAUGUAGUUGUUGGUAAACUCCGUCCAUUGCUGAAAUUUAUUGAAAGGUUAUCAUGUAGAUUUAUCUCUUUAUCACAAGUUUUUAUUUACUACUGAAGAUUUAUCAGCUCAAAUCAAAUAUUAUUAACAUUUCAUUGAAAAUGAUGAGGGUAUGUAAGGCGUUGAUAUUGGAGGUUUUCUCAGCACUUAAGUAUAGAGCUGAUUAUUAACAACAUUGUGCGUGAUUGUAAGUAAGUGUGUAAGGUUAUCACAUCUGUAUUUGUGUCAUGAUGAAAUUUACAACAUGUACAAUGAGGAGGCUGUCUAUUUUUUUUAUUUAUGUUGUAUUAUAUUUCUUUGUUUUGACAAAUGUGUGACCUUGAUGUGAAAGGUUCUUACGGAGAUUUAUCUGCCCUUGCCUUUCUAUAACUUUUACUAUGCAAAUUUUAUCACUUGCAUGCAUCUCACGGCAUUUUGAAUAUCACUUGAUAAGAUUGAAUUUCACCAUAUUCUUGACUUUCUUGCUUAUCUAUACAUAAAAUUACCUAGGUAUACUCUAUAUUUUUUCUGUGUUUCCACUGCCAUUUAAAAUGAGAGUAUUAGAGGGAUGUUGAGAGUUGUGUAUUUAAUGUGUUAGAUGAGAAUUGUGUAUUUAAAGUAUUAGGAAAAAAAUUUGAAGACUGAGUAUUGUAGACAGUGUAAGUGUCAGUCCUUUAUCUUAACAAGAGAACUAUAUGCUGUUUUCUUCAGUUAAAGGAGGAUGGGAGGUGUGCAUUUUUUAUGUCCUUUAGUAUGAAUGAGAACUGUAAUUUUGUGUAAAUAGUACAUGAGAGGUUUCAGUGUUGCUCUGCUAUUACAGAGUAAAUGAGAGUUCAAAUGUUAUCAUUGGUUUAAAGGACUAAUAGCAGUGAGAGACGAGUAUUCCUCACAACAAAUGAUAUAUAUUUAUCAGCCAAAGCAACACAGAGACAAUGCUACAUUUGUAACAUCAUAAGUUAAACUAUUUCUAUCUCAAUCUGGCAAUUCAAGAGAUUUUUUUAUCAGUUGUAUUUUUUCCUGAAUAAUGAAAUAUUCUGACAGAUAUUCAUCUGAGAUUGCACUGUUCACAACCAAUUUAUAAAGGAUUGUUUUCAAUUAUUUUUUUUUAUUAUUAGUGAUGAAAAUUUAUCAAUAACUGAAGAAAAUGGUGAAAUCUUAAGAGUGCUGAUCUGAUUUUGUAGCUGUGAAUUAGUAACUCAUCUGUCAAAUUAAAAAAAAAAUGCAUCACUGAUAUUUGCAAAUUGUUGAAGGCUUGUAUAUUUUUAUCUGUACAUAAAUGUGAGCAUCGCUUAUAUGUUAUCAAUAAAUAUCAUUAUU